GGUUGUAUAAAACAGCACAGUGAUUACACCAAGUUACUCAUUAGCCAGUUUAAGUUCAGUGACAAUAGUGAAUUUAAAACACGUGUGUUUUUUAAAGUUCUUUAUAUUAUAUAAGUUAUAUAAAUAUACUCGGCGAUAUGAACGGAUUCGUCUUGUGUUUUGUUGUUGCCGCUAUUACUAUGAUUUCUGCUGAACCACCAAGUGGUUACAGUUAUAGCCGCCCAUCAUCAUCUUUCGGUGGCGGCUAUUCAAGUGGAGGAAGUGGUCACUCCAGUGGAGGAAGUGGUUAUUCUAGUGGAGGACUUUCCAGUGGUGGAUACUCAAGUGGUGGAUACUCAAGUGGUGGAUACUCCAGUGGUGGAUAUUCCAGCGGUGGAUACCCAAGCAGCGGUAGCGGUUACUCUAGCGGAGGUAGCUAUAUCCCAGUGGCUCCAGGACACUCUACUUACGAAGGUCAAUAUGUUGACCCACAACUUCUUGAACAAAUCAAGCAAAUUGUACUUAAAGAUGAAUCCUCGUCUUCAAGUGGAUACCCAUCCUCCUCAUAUGGUGCUCCUUCUUCCUCCUACGGUGCUCCAUCUUCCUCCUACGGUGCCCCAUCUUCCUCCUAUGGUGUCCCAUCUUCUUCAUAUUCUAGCCACGUUGUCGGUCUUGAAUUUGAAGGAGUGAAACCCGCCAUCCAAGUUGCUCAAUUCAAACAAGCCGGUGGAUACUCUUCCGGUCCAUCAUCUAGCUAUGGAGCUCCAUCUUUUGGCUACAGCUCCAGGCCAUCUUCGUCAUACGGAGCUCCUUCAUCAUCAUACUAAUAACAUUUAGUAAUACGCAUUGAUGUCAUACUCACCAACAACGCUUUUUUACGCGUCCCUAAUUCUCUUUUGUUUAAUAUUAAACAAUAAGUACUUAGACGCCACCCUCAUAUGAUUGGUAAAAAAGCUUAAAUUUUUUUAUUUUAUUGUAAUAUAUAUUUCUUAAAUGUUUUGUUA